AUGGAGUUGGCACUUGAAGCUGCGUGCGAGGUUCUGCAAGCUUCAAGACACCCAACUUCAUGGGCUCGCUGCCACAAUGACCAUGCUUUCUUCCUCCCAAUAACAACUUCAGGGACUAACAAUGACAAAACGCUCAGAGAAUACGGUGGCAAGAAUGCAAGGAGAGUUUUCAGAGGUGGGGGGCCUUUCAUGCUCAAGGAUUCGACCGACAUGGUGGCACAAGCUUUGCAAAGGUUGGGGUAUCUGGAUCAAGGCUUGAGCACUGAUUUGCCCGAGGCCCUGCUGUUGUUUGUGAACCGGCCAGAACACAAGAACACUCUCCGAAAAAAACUUGAUGCACUUCCUGUCUCCAGCGACACUGUCGUCGACGUGGAGCACAAAAUGAGGCAUGCGUUUCUGUCAAAUCAUUCUUCCGGCAAGUGGGUUGUAGCUCAAAGGGACGCUGGUGUACGUCAGACUUUGUGCAAGCAAGGUUUCUUGAAGACGAUCGAAGCGCCACAGCCGGAAGUGCUGCAAGCGAUGCGGAGAGUUGUACGCAGUCUCGGUUUGCGAGAGAUGCGCAGCUACAAUGGGUAUGUUUUCAUCAUCCAGCAGCAUAUGUACAGCAAGGACCCUGCCAGAGUUGGAAACAUCGAGUUUAAGAUCUGA